UCAUUUUGGUUUUCCCCACCCCCAACUCUCUCUUCCAAGGCUGCAGAGACCAUGACUGUGAUGACUCCCGCUCCGGUCGAUCAACAAGAGGACGAGGAGAUGCUUGUACCGCACUCGGAUUUGGCCGAGAAUAAUCACCAACCUAUGGAAGUUGUUCCACAAUCUGAAACGGGAGCCACAGUAGAGAACCAGCCCGUCGAGGAUCCCCCAUCAUCGAGAUUUACAUGGAGAAUUGAUAACUUUACACGGCUCAACAUAAAGAAGCUAUAUUCUGAAGUCUUUAUUGUUGGUGGAUAUAAAUGGCGAAUACUUAUUUUCCCGAAAGGAAACAAUGUAGAUCAUUUGUCUAUGUACUUGGAUGUUGCUGACUCUGCAAGUUUGCCGUAUGGGUGGAGCAGAUAUGCCCAAUUCAGCUUGGGUGUCAUCAAUCAAAUCCACAACAAAUAUUCAGUGAGAAAAGAUACACAACACCAGUUCAAUGCAAGGGAAAGCGAUUGGGGCUUCACGUCGUUCAUGCCCCUCAGUGAAUUGUAUGACCCUACCAGAGGCUAUCUUGUCAAUGAUACCCUAAUAGUUGAAGCGGAGGUCCUUGUUCGAAGAGUGGUCGAUUAUUGGACAUAUGAUUCAAAAAAAGAGACAGGUUUUGUUGGUCUUAAAAAUCAGGGUGCAACAUGUUAUAUGAACUCUCUUCUUCAAACUCUUUAUCACAUUCCAUAUUUCCGGAAGGCUGUGUACCAUAUGCCUACCACAGAAAAUGAUAUGCCAUCUGCAAGCAUCCCUUUAGCUCUGCAGAGCUUAUUUUAUAAGCUCCAGUACAGUGACAGCAGUGUAGCAACAAAAGAAUUAACCAAAUCUUUUGGAUGGGACACAUAUGAUUCUUUUAUGCAGCAUGAUGUCCAGGAAUUGAACAGGGUUCUAUCUGAAAAACUUGAAGAUAAAAUGAAGGGAACUGUUGUGGAGGGAACUAUACAGAAAUUGUUUGAAGGGCAUCACAUGAAUUACAUUGAAUGCAUAAACGUGGACUAUAAGUCAACGAGAAAGGAAUCAUUUUAUGAUCUUCAGCUUGAUGUCAAGGGCUGUCGUGAUGUGUAUGCUUCUUUUGACAAGUAUGUAGAAGUAGAACGCCUUGAGGGUGAUAACAAGUAUCAUGCAGAGCAGUAUGGGUUGCAGGAUGCUAAGAAGGGUGUAUUGUUCAUCGACUUCCCUCCUGUUCUUCAACUCCAGCUGAAGCGAUUUGAGUAUGACUUCAUGAGAGACACCAUGGUUAAGAUCAAUGAUCGAUAUGAAUUUCCCCUUCAACUGGACCUUGACCGAGAAAAUGGGAAGUAUUUAUCACCAGACGCUGAUAGAACUGUGCGGAAUCUUUACACACUCCAUAGUGUAUUGGUUCACAGCGGUGGGGUGCAUGGUGGACAUUAUUAUGCCUUCAUCAGGCCAACCCUUUCAGAACAAUGGUAUAAAUUUGAUGAUGAGCGUGUAACGAAAGAGGAUGUGAAAAGGGCACUCGAGGAGCAAUAUGGUGGCGAGGAAGAGUUACCUCAGACGAAUCCUGGAUUCAACAACACUCCUUUUAAGUUCACCAAAUACUCAAAUGCAUAUAUGCUCGUCUAUAUACGUGAAAGUGACAAAGACAAAGUAAUUUGUAACGUGGAUGAGAAGGACAUUGCUGAACAUCUCAGGGAAAGGCUGAAGAAAGAACAAGAAGAAAAGGAACACAAGAAGAAAGAAAAAGCUGAGGCACACCUUUAUACUAUCAUAAAGGUUGCUCGAGAUGAUGAUCUAGUUGAACAAAUUGGAAAAGAUAUCUUUUUUGAUCUUGUUGAUCAUGACAAAGUAAGGAGCUUCCGCAUCCAAAAGCAAAUGCCAUUUAACCUUUUCAAGGAGGAGGUGGCUAAAGAAUUUGGUAUACCCAUCCAGUUUCAGCGAUACUGGCUCUGGGCAAAACGUCAGAACCAUACUUAUAGGCCCAACCGACCAUUGACACCUAUGGAGGAAGCGCAAUCCGUUGGACAAUUAAGAGAGGUAUCAAAUAAGGUUCAUAAUGCCGAGUUGAAGUUAUUACUGGAGGUGGAAUAUGGAGUGGAUUCACGCCCUAUCGCUCCUCCAGACAAGACAAAAGAUGAUAUCUUACUAUUUUUUAAGCUUUAUGAACCUGAGAAAGAAGAGCUGCGAUAUGUGGGAAGACUCUUCGUAAAGGGUAAUGGGAAGCCUUUUGAAAUAUUGACGAGGUUGAAUGAAAUGGCUGGUUAUGCUCCAGAAGAAGAGAUUGAACUUUAUGAGGAAAUUAAGUUCGAGCCCAACAUUAUGUGUGAACCUAUUGACAAGAAAUUCACAUUUCGAGCAAGUCAGCUGGAAGAUGGAGAUAUUGUUUGCUUUCAAAAAUCCCCUCCAGUUGAAAAUGUAGAACAGCAUCGAUAUCCUGACGUUCCCUCAUUUUUGGAGUAUGUGCAUAAUCGUCAAGUUGUUCACUUUCGAUCCCUAGAGAAGCCUAAGGAAGAUGAUUUUUGUCUGGAGAUGUCAAAACUUUACACGUAUGAUGAUGUGGUGGAAAGACUCGCCCAGCAACUUGGCGUUGAUGAUCCAUCAAAAAUUAGAUUAACGUCACAUAAUUGUUACUCUCAGCAACCUAAACCUCAGCCAAUCAAGUAUCGUGGUGUGGAGCAUUUGUCUGAUAUGCUGGUUCAUUAUAAUCAGACUUCAGAUAUAUUAUACUAUGAGGUAUUGGAUAUUCCUCUUCCUGAGUUACAAGGCCUGAAAACUCUUAAAGUAGCAUUCCAUCAUGCAACUAAGGAUGAAGUUGUUAUUCACACGAUAAGAUUGCCAAAACAGAGCACUGUAGCAGACGUGAUUAAUGAUCUUAAAACAAAGGUUGAAUUAUCUCAUCCAGAUGCAGAGCUCAGAUUGCUUGAAGUUUUCUAUCACAAGAUCUACAAGGUGUUCCCUCCCAAUGAAAAGAUUGAGAACAUUAAUGAUCAAUAUUGGACAUUGAGGGCAGAAGAGAUCCCAGAAGAAGAAAAAAACCUUGGUCCAAAUGACCGCCUAAUCCACGUGUACCAUUUCACUAAAGACACGGCUCAGAAUCAGAUGCAAAUUCAGAACUUUGGUGAACCCUUUUUCUUAGUCAUAAAUGAGGGAGAGACUUUGGCCGACAUUAAAUUGAGAAUACAGAAGAAGUUACAGGUUCUAGAUGAGGAGUUUGGCAAGUGGAAAUUUGCAUUUCUUUCACUCGGUCGGCCAGAGUACCUCCAAGACACAGACAUCGUGUCAAAUCGUUUUCAGAGAAGAGACGUUUAUGGUGCGUGGGAGCAAUAUCUUGGACUGGAGCACACUGACAAUGCACCUAAACGAGCUUAUACAGCAAAUCAGAAUCGCCAUACAUUUGAGAAGCCAGUAAAAAUCUACAAUUAGCAAAAGACGAGAGAAAGACAUGACAUGACAGGGUUGUGUCUUCAUAGAAUUAGAUGAGUUGGGAAAUGUUCUACCACACAUUUGGAUUUGGUUGUUAAAAUGGGCAAGAUUGACGAGGCACACUCCACAAGUAAAAGCUGGCGUAGAGUAGCCAGCAGGAUUCCAUUUUGAUUCUGUUGGCCAUGUAUUCUCUCGCAAUGGAUGGGGGAAGGACUUUUUCGUCAAUGGAUGUGUUUGUUUUACUGUCAACCACCUCAGUCCCCUGAUCUUUUUAUUACAGACGGAGAGGAGAGGUAUCUCUUCCCUCCUUGUGACCACGCAAAGAAAGGCCCUCCCUCAGCAUCAGUUGAGUUGUAAUCUAGUUUAUAAACAAGAUUUUUUUUGAGUAGCAGUUGAAUGUACACAAAGUAUAGUUGGGGACCUGAAAUAUUAUUAUUGUUAUUAUUAUUUUUUUCCCUUUCUUUUUGGGCUGUUUGUUUUUCCUGAUUUUUGUCUAGUCAGAACGGGGGUUAGUAGUUGUAAGUGCUGGCUGUGUAUGCAAAACUUGUCAAUCAGGCAUUUCAUUUGGAAAAGUUGUCUUUACUAUUUUUGACCAGUAAAGAUUUGGAGGUGUUUUACCUGCUUUGCUUA